AUGCUUGAGGUGUCUUGGCAGGAGAAGUUUAAGCCCCUAGUCGUGUUGCAUCUGCGGCAGGAAGCAAAGAACAAGGCAUCAGAAUGUGGCCCGUCGCUGGUGGUCCAUACCACUGUCCCAUUUGGAGUCACACACUUGGAGCACAGUGAGGAGGAUGUGCAGGAGUUAAUCACCCAGCAACUGGAAACCAUUCUGCCGGGCUUGCCGCCGCCAGUUGCUACCAAAUGCUGGAAGUGGAGAUACUCACAGGUUACAAACUCAGCUGCCAACAGUCCCGGCCAGAUGACUCUUCAUCUCAACCCUUUCCUGGUGUGUGGAGGGGAUGGAUUCACUCACUCCAACUUCGAUGGCUGCGUUGACUCUGCCCUGAGUGUCGUGGAAGCUUUAAAGAGUUAUAUUUAGUGUCUGUGUUCUUGUUUUCUACAGUUACUUUGCAAUUUUUGUUUUCACAAUCAUAUUAUUAAUUGUUCUAUUUUCCUUUCUGUGGAGAGAAAUUGUUUGGGAAAAUG